AUGUCUACUAUAUAUAUCAAUGAUACCAUUGGUGUCGACGAACCUACUCAAUCAGGUUCCAAAGACGCUCCAUUCAAGACCCCAGCUUUUGCAUUAUUCCAAAGCAUUGACUCGGCCACUGAACCAAAAUUGUUCGUCUUUAAAACUGAUGAUUACGAAGAAAUCUCUGCAUCUGCUUUGAAGAAAGCUCGUAAAGGUUGCGAAGGUUUAAAGAAAAAAGCCAUCAAGCUAAAAGAACAAGAAUUGAAGAAAAAGGAAGAAGCGGUUGCCAAACAAUUGUCCAACUUAAACAUCACUAUCGAACAAGAUACUUCUUUACCUCCAGCCAAGAAAGUCAAAAUCGAUCAAUCUUAUAAACUUGUCGGUGAAAGAGUUAAAGUCUCUGGUUGGAUCCAUAGAUUACGUUCUAACAAAAAAGUUGUCUUUAUUGUCUUGAGAGAUGGUAAAGGUUAUUUACAAUGUGUCUUAUCAGGUAACUUGGCUCUAGCUCAACAGACUGUUGAUUUGACUAUUGAAUCCACUGUAACUCUAUACGGUUCCAUUGUUAAAGUUCCAGAAGGUAAAGCUGCUCCAGGUGGUGUAGAACUUGUUGUCGAUUAUUACGAAGUUGUCGGCUUGGCCCCAUCUGGUGAUGAAGCCUUUACCAACAAAGUAGCUGAAGGUGCUGAUCCUUCUUUAUUAUUAGAUCAACGUCAUUUGACCUUAAGAGGUGAAACUUUAUCUGCCGUCAUGAAAGUUAGACAUGCCUUUUUGGCUGCCAUUAGAAGAGUUUAUCGUGAAGAAGGUUUAACUGAAGUUACUACCCCAUGUAUGGUUCAAACUCAAGUCGAAGGUGGUUCUACUCUUUUCAAAUUAGAUUAUUACGGUGAAGAAGCCUAUUUAACUCAAAGUUCUCAAUUAUACUUGGAAACUUGUUUACCAGCCCUUGGUGAUGUUUACUGUGUUCAAGAAUCUUUCCGUGCUGAAAAAUCUCAUACAAGAAGACAUUUAUCUGAAUAUACACAUAUCGAAGCCGAAUUGGCUUUCUUAUCCUUCGAUGAAUUAUUAGACCAUUUAGAAACUUUAGUCAUCAACUCCAUCAAAUACGUCUUGGAAGACCCAGUCGCCGGUCCAUUAGUAAAACAAUUGAACCCAGAUUUCGUCGCUCCAAAGGGUCCAUUUAUGAGAUUAGAAUAUAAAGAUGCCAUCAAAUGGCUUGUUGAACACGAUAUUAAGAACGAAGAAGGUGAACCUUUCAAAUUCGGUGAUGACAUCGCUGAAGCUGCUGAAAGAAAAAUGACCGAUACCAUUGGUGUCCCAAUCUUCUUAACUAAAUUCCCAGUCGAAAUCAAAUCCUUCUACAUGAAACGUUGCACUGACGAUCCACGUGUCACCGAAUCUGUUGAUUUAUUGAUGCCUACUGUUGGUGAAAUUACUGGUGGUUCUAUGAGAAUUGAAACUACUGAUGAAUUAUUAGCUGGUUUCAAGCGUGAAGGUAUUGACCCAUCUGCUUACUACUGGUUCAUUGACCAAAGAAAAUACGGUACCUGUCCUCACGGUGGUUACGGUAUUGGUACUGAACGUAUCUUAGCUUGGUUAUGUAACAGAUUCACUGUCAGAGAAUGUUCUCUAUACCCUCGUUUCAGUGGUAGAUGCAAACCAUAG